GCACCUUUUAGAGUUUAUCACAAACUUCAUUGUCUAGUCGCUAUAGUGCUGUAAUGAACAGGCAAACUGCAACCUGAGAUGAGCUGUGAGUCAGCUGUGAGGGUUGUCGGCAACAGCUAACAAAGUGUUGCACUAUUAAACAAGGGCUGUUUUCAUGUGCAAAGAGAAAGACGUUGUUCAUUUUAGCAGGUGAAAUGGGUCUAUUUUCUCUUGUUUUGCACCUGGUCUUGAUUUCAGUCCAGUUAUCUUGGGCUCAGGAAGAUCCUCUUCUUCCUUUCUCUGAACACCUGGACCCCGAGCAGAAGGUACAACUGAAGUGGGGAUUCGAUGAGAUUCAGGGCACUAUUUUAUUCGAGCUCACCGUCAACACCAGCGGCUGGAUUGGUUUUGGCUUCAGCCCUAAUGGAGGAAUGUUUGGAGCUGAUAUCGUCAUUGGAGGAGUCGGACCAAACGGCAGCUAUUUUUCGGACCGGCAUGCUGUUGGGAAUUCGAUGCCUGUGGUGGACCAGCAACAAAACUACAAACUCCUUUCUCUAAGUGAGUUUGAUGGGAAAACAGUCAUGAAGUUUCAGAGGUCUAUGGAGACAUGUGAUGAAGAUGAUUUACCCAUCACUACUCUUCCCAUCAAACUCAUCUAUGCGUAUGGACAGACCGAUGACAUCACGUACCACAGAAACAGAAGAGGCACAAAGGAGGUGAACCUGUUAAAGUACAUGCCUCAGGUCACCCCUCCAGACAGCCGGUAUUUCGACAUGAUCAUGGUCAAUUUUACAGUGCCAAGUGAACAAACCUACUAUCACUGCAAGAUCAUGACAGCACCAACCUUCAAUCAGAAGCAGCACAUAUAUCGCAUUGAGCCAAUAAUCAAAAACUUGGAUCUGGUGCAUCACCUGCUGCUGUAUCGCUGUCCUCCAGGUGUAACAGAGCUUUAUGAAGCACAGUGUUACACAGAAGACAAAAUUCAGGAGUGUAUGGAGGUUGUUGCUGUAUGGGGAGUUGGCGGUGGGGCCUUUGAACUCCCGGAAGUGGCAGGACUUCCAAUUGGAGGAAAUGUUACUAAAUAUUUCUACAGGCUUGAAGUGCAUUACAACAAUCCAAAUAAAACCGCAGGUCGAGUUGAUAGCUCCGGACUACGUUUCUACUACACAUCUGAACUCCGUCAGCAUGAUGCUGCUGCUCUCAUGACAGGGCUCGCUGUCGCCCCUGGAUACGCCAUCCCACCCCUGGCGAAGUCUUUCCUCACAUAUGGCCUUUGUGACACUACUCUAAUUCCACAGGUUCUGUCUGAGACCCCACAAGAUCUUCAGGUGUUCGCUGUAAUGUUACACACACAUUUGGCUGGACGAAAGGUGCGCGUCGGACACUUCAGAAAUGGAAAACAGAUUGAUCUCCUAGCUGUGAAUGAACAAUACAAUUUUGAAUAUCAGGAGAUGGUAAACUUGGGUAAAACUAAGACAGUGAAGUUGGGUGACGAACUACUGGUGCAGUGUACCUAUAAUACAGAGGAUCGCACAACACUCACAUGGGGAGGGCUCUCAACUACAGAUGAGAUGUGCUUGGCUUUCCUCUACUACUAUCCUGCUAUGAGUCUGAGUGGUUGUCAGAGCUUCCCUGAUCCGGUCUCUUUAGGAGCCGAAAUGGGAGCAACAGAUUUUUCUAACUGGUUCACUAUGAUGUCUACAAAUACUUGGAAUGAUGCAUCCAUCAAUGAAUACCAACAAACACUGAAGACCAUAAAUCAGAUAAUCAUAGUUUCUAACUCUUAUCAGAACGAGUCACACUACUUUGGGAGGAUUCCUGAUCUGCAAGUGGCUCCUUCUGUACCCUGCAGCAGGAACAGUUGUACCACUGCACGUCUUGCUUGGAUAUCGCUGGUCAUCUGCUUGGUGGUGCAGUUGGCAUCUUUAUUACCAAAAUAGUCAUGAGUCAAAAAUUCAGCAAGAUAUCAAAAUGUUAAAUGAGCUGUAAGGCAUUUAUAAGGCUUUUUCAAAAAAAAAAAAUUCUAGAUGAACAAAGGAUAUUUUAUAAUUAAGUGAUGAUUGUUUCGAUUGUUUAAAUGGACUUUUACGUGUGUUUGGCGUUUGACACCCUGUUGUUGGCUUAUUAGCCACAAUGUGCUGGUGUACUUGCUUUUAUGUAAAGCCAUGUAAGAAUAAAGGCUUUUUAUCUUCCAUUA